GGGAGAGCGGAUAUAGUGAAUGCGGGGUCUGGGGAGAGCGGAUAUAGUGAAUGCGGGGUCCGGGGAGAGCGGUUAUAGUGAAUGCAGGGUCCAGGGAGAGCGAGGAUAUAGUGAAUGCAGGGUCCAGGGAGAGCCGGAUAUAGUGAAUGCGGGGUCCAGGGAGACCGGAUAUAGUGAAUGCGGGGUCCGGGAGAGCGGAUAUAGUGAAUGCGGGGUCCGGGGAGAGCGGAUAUAGUGAAUGCAGGGGUCCGGGGAGACCGGAUAUAGUGAAUGCGGGGUCCGGGGAGAGCGGAUAUAGUGAAUGCAGGGUCCGGGGAGAGCGGAUAUAGUGAAUGCAGGGUCCGG